AAAAUGAGGGCCAUGAAUAGAAUCACCCUUCAAUAUAUUAUUAUUUCAGUAGUUGGGGAUGGGGAUAAUGGCAGGCCCAAAAUAUCAAAAUUUAUGGCCCAAGCCCGAUUCUACGCUUCACUCUUUCGGGUGAUUUCUGGCAAUGCGAGAUAUGGUAAAUCACGAACCCAAACCGCUUUCAACUCUAACUGUAGAAAACCGCAUCGAAGAAACAGCAGGGAAAAGCGGACCCCAUCCUGCUCCGGCCUCCAAUGACCAAUCCCUCCUCCCCUCGUAGUCCUAUAUCCCCGAACACCCUCUCGCCAAUCAAAUGACAAUAUAUAAACAAUGUCGUCGGCGAAAUCCUCCGGCACGACGGCGAUCGGCCAGCCACUCCUUCCCCAGCCACCGCAAUACAUCAUCGUCCAACCUCCGUACCCCAUCCCCAACCGCAGCAGCCGCCGCCGCCGCGACUCGUGCAGCUCAUGCCGCUUCAUCUGCAUCGUCUCAACACUCUUUAUCCUCUGCGCCGCCGUCUACGUCCUCUGGCCGUCGGAUCCCGAGCUCUCCGUCGUCCGCCUGAACCUCGAUCGCCUCCACUUCCGCACUUCUCCCGCGCUCUCGCUCGACAUAACCCUAGAUCUAACGGUCAGAGUACGGAACAAGGAUUUCUACUCGCUCGAUUACGACUCCCUGCGCGUCGCCAUCGGGUACAGAGGGGAGAGACUAGGGUCAAUGAAAUCAGCUGGUGGGCAUAUCAACGCGCGGGGCUCGUCAUACGUGAAUGCCACGCUUCGGCUUGACGCCGUGGAGGUGUUGAGUAGUGCGAUAUUUUUACUGGAGGAUUUGGUCCGAGGUUCGAUUACGUUUGACACGGUUACUGAGAUCAGUGGGGAGCUCGGGCUUUUCUUCGUUGACCUGCCUCUCAAGACAACAGUAUCAUGUGAAAUCAUCGUAAACACACGCAAUCAGACAGUUACUCACCAAAAUUGCUACCCGGAGGUAAUGCUCUAUUCUCCUAUUAAUUGUCAUUCUUGUUGCUAUUGUAGAGAAAAUUAGGAAAGCGUAGAAGGGUGCUUGGGAUGAGAAUUUGGAACCACAAUGUUUUUACCCAAAUCAAAACCCGCAUCUGUUUCCUACCAUUUUCUUUCCCUCUCUUUUCAUAAAGUAAAUUUGGACCAAAUGGUGCAACUCGUCAACAUAGUUAACUAUUUGCAAGCAUUCUGAUAACUAAUUUGAAUAAUUCAUAUUCUUAAAUCUUAACAGUGAUGAAGAGAUUGGCUCUGCACAGGUGUGAGGACUUAGAGAUCAAGGCAAUUUCUCCAGCAUCUAAGAUCACCAAAUAGAAGCGAACCAUGUAAAUAUUCCAACUAUACUAUCUUCAUGUAAGUACAUGAUUCUGUCAUGAUGCACGGGUUAGUGUUCAUAUCAAUGUAUUGUUGCAUAGCCUGUCUCAUUUGGAUCUAAGAAACUAAUCUUACUCAUACACGAGCUAAGUCAUCUGUACAGAGCUACUAUUAUUGCUUUGCAUGAUCUAAUAAAAUAUAUUGUCCCA